AUGGACGAUUUCAGGCUGCUGUACGCUUCCCAUGUCAGACCAACACUUGAGUAUGGCGGUGCGGUGAUAUACCCCUGCACGGCCGGUGAACUGGAUAAGUUGGAGCGUGUACAACUUGCUGCCACUAGACUCGUUGUUGGACUACGCGGGACCAGCUAUGAAGGUCGUUUACAGGCUACUGGUCUGUUCCCCAUUGUGUAUCGAUGCCUCAUGGGAGAUCUCAUCUGCCUGAGAAAGAUCCUGAGAGGUGAUAUGGGCCCGGAGCUGCAACAGUACUUC